AGACAGCGUUCUACAGAGGAGAGCUACAAAACAAUGCAAAUUGGAAGGGGAAAAAUAGAGAAUAUUAUACAAGAAAGGUUCGCUAUCCACUUCUACCUCCUAUUGGGUGGUGAGAGGUGUCUGAAAGUUUGCACUCUGGGGGACCCCUCCCCCCAAUGCUGGGCUGAACAGAGGACAGCUCCCGUUUUCUAGGUGUGGAGAGCACAGACUGCCUGUAGUCACUUUCGGGGGAGCCAGUGCGCACUAGGAGUGUUCUCCAUCUGUGGAUCUCGCACUUCAUCGCUGCCUGCCUGCAACACGGGAGGAGAAGAUCCAAUCAGUGUUUGGGUUUAAUAAGGUGGAAUACCAGGGGGGACACAACAGAAAAGAUACAGCACAACCUGGGAAAUAAAGGAAGUAGGAGCACACAGCAUUGAAGGACAUCCUUCAGAGGAGGAAAAAUAACGUUUUACGGAAUUUUGAAUUCAGAGGCUCCUGUUCCAGGGGGACUUGGGCAGCAUAAUUUUCUUUUUGGGAGGAGCAGCUCUCAGCUUCAGUCAGCUAAUCUUGUGGACUAUAGGAUCCUGGAUGGCAUGUCAAGACUGACUCUUCAACGGUCCCUCAUCUUCUCUAGCCAGAAAGGAAACAUGUUGUCCGCCCAUGUUUUGAUAUGACAUCGGAAUCUUGGAAUAAGUGACCUGUGAAUUCCGUUGGCACUGGGGAUUUUUAAGGACUGCUCAACUACUCUUCAGUCACACUGUAUGGACAUCUACUAUCAGAGGCCUUGCCAGAAGCCUGAAAAACAGUAAUAACUGGGGGAAAUACAACAGACCAUGGCUGAGAGGAUGAUUGCUUCUCAAAGUGAGCCGUGACAGAAUGGUCGACUGUAUGAGCAAAGUCAUGCUGCACACAGCCCUCUCAUGCUGGCAACCGUUCCUGGGACUGGCUCUAGUGGCCAUCUUUGUGGGUUCUGCCCUGGGAUGUCCCGCCCGCUGUGACUGCUCAGCCCAGAGCAAGUCGGUCAUGUGCCACCGCAAACGCCUACCGAGCAUCCCAGACGGCAUCCCCAUCGAGACCAGGAUCCUGGACCUGAGCAAGAACAAGCUGCAGGCCGUCAACCCAGAUGACUUUGCCCCCUACCCUGGACUAGAGGAUCUGGACCUCAGUGGGAACAUUAUUAGCUAUGUGGAGCCGGGGGCCUUCAACCCUCUGUACAGUAUGCACUCGCUCAGUCUCAAAAGCAACCGCAUCAAGCUUAUUCCCCUGGGGGUCUUCACAGGCUUGUCCAACCUCACACGGCUGGAUGUCAGCGACAACAAGAUUGUCAUCCUGCUGGACUACAUGUUCCAGGACUUGCACAACCUGAAGUUCCUGGAGGUGGGUGACAAUGACCUGGUGUACAUCUCCCACCGGGCCUUCAGUGGACUGCUGAGCCUACAGACACUAACCCUGGAGAGAUGCAACCUMACAGUGGUGCCCACUGAGGCCCUGUCCCAUCUGCACAACUUGGUCAGACUUCACCUCCGAUACCUCAGCAUCAGCACAUUGCAAGCCUACUCCUUCAAGAAGCUUUUCCGGCUGCGCCACCUGGAGAUUGACAGCUGGACCUCGCUGGACAGUGUGCCUGCCAACACGCUACACAGCCUCAACCUGACCACGCUUUUCAUCACCAACACUAACCUGUCCACCUUCCCAUACCAGGCCCUAAAGCACCUGCACUACCUAACACACCUCAACCUGUCCUUCAACCGCAUCAGACACAUCGAGGGGGGAAUGCUGUUUGAGUUGGUGCGCCUGAGGGAACUUCAUCUAGUUGGGGCCCAGUUGUCGACCAUUGAACCGUACGCAUUUCAGGGCCUCCGGUGGCUCAAAGUCCUCAAUGUUUCCCACAACCAUUUGGACACCCUGGAGAAGGGUGUCUUCCAAGCCCCUGAGGCUCUGGAGGUCCUCUUGAUCGACGACAACCCCCUGGUGUGCGACUGUCGCCUCAUGUGGAUCCUGCAGAAAAGGCACUCCAUCUUCUUUGGUGACUCGCAGCCAGAGUGCAGCACCCCUGAGGGUAUCCGCGGAAGACCUUUCAGGGAAUUCAAGGAGACCCUGCUAUCCUAUUACGUGACAUGCACCAAGCCAAAAAUCCGGGAGAACAAGACACAGACGAUAGCAGUGGACGAGGGCCAGUCAGCGAAACUACACUGCAGUGCUGAAGGGAUCCCCAGGCCGGUGGUGUCGUGGCUGUCCCCACGCCGGCGCCUCCUCACCAACAAGAGCUACGGUAGAGUCAAGGUCCACAACAAUGGGACGCUGGAGAUCAAGGUGGCCGAGGUGCAGGACGGGGGCGUGUACCUUUGCAUGGCAACCAACACGGCGGGUAACGACUCAUUGAUGGCCUCCCUAGCAGUGAAAAGCCUGGGGUCGCUCUACGCAAACAGGACCCAGUACUACACAGAUCCCAGCAACGCCACUACCAAUGGGACUAGCAACGUGACCUACGGCUUGGACCUAAAGACUAUCUUAGUGUCGACAGCAAUGGGAUGUUUCACAUUCCUGGGGGUGGUCUUGUUCUGCUUUCUGCUACUGUUCGUUUGGAGCCGGGGCAAGGGAAAGCAUAAAAACAACAUAGAUAUUGAAUAUGUCCCUCGGUCCAAGUCUAAUGGCACUUCUGUAGAUGGAGGGGCAGAGGGACAAGCUGGACCUCAUCGCUUUAACAUGAAAAUGAUCUAACACGGUUUGUGAAUCUGGGAAUCCAUAUGUUGGGAAUGCUCUAAGGAUUAUGUCUUUUUAUUGCAAAUGGAACAACAUUUCCCACUACUUCAGGAGAAUGCUACUGGGCAAUUCUAUGGUAACAGAGUGAUACUGAGGCUCAGAUUUUUCACUUUGAAAUGUAUGCCAAACAAAAACCAAUGAUUGCAAAGUUAAACAAACCCUACAACUCUAUGCACAAGGACUAGUUUUAUUAAUUUCCACAGACAUUUUUACAAACACACUUGAAGAACAUUGCAGAUGCACCAACAGCACAAACCAUCAUUCUGUGGCCAAACUUUGCAUCUGCACUGUUCUUCAAUUAAAUGUAUUUUUGUAAAAACAAAAAUGUGAAAAUUGUUUAAAGCAGUUCUUGUGCAUAGAGUUCUAUGGUUUGUUUAACUUUGCAGUCAAUGGUUUUUGUUUGACAUACAUUUUAUAGGUAACAUUGAAG